AUGUCACCAUUUAAUCGACUUGGCCUUGUCAAGGACCACCUCUUGCCCAAGAUGGUGGAGCAAACCCUACAGAAUAAGGUCGCCAUCGUCAGCGGCUCCUCGUCAGGCAUUGGCGCCGCCAUUGUGCGGGAGCUCUCUGGGCGCGGAGCCAGCACGGUGGUCAACUAUCCUUUCUCUGGACUGGAAGCCGAAGCAGUUGCCCUGGUGACUUCCCUUCCAUCUCCCUCCAUUUUCGUCGAGGCGGAUAUGGGCACGGUGUCAGCUCCACAAGCCCUGGUCGACGCUGCAGUGUCAAAAUGGGGCAGAGUCGAUAUCCUGGUCAACUGUGUUGCACUGGCGGUGAACAAGCCACUUGAGGAGCAGACGCUCGACGACUGGGACAGAUUGGUGAAUAUCAAUGGCCGCGGAACGUUCUUGUUGACCCAGGCGACCUUGAAGCAUCUCACCAAGGGCACCGGGAGGAUCGUAAAUAUCAUCAGCAUAUCUGGACGAGGACCUCCUCCAAACCAAACCAUUUAUGCCGGAACUAAGGGAAUGGUGGAUUCCUUCACCAAGUGCUGGGCCAAGGAGCUUCCCCUCAAGUAUGGCUGCACCGUCAAUGCGGUCAGUCCGGGGCCGACCAAGACGGAGGGCUUCGCAGCGGCCGGGGAGGAGCAGAUGAAGAUCCUCCAACCGAUCAUCGACCAGACGCCGGUCGGGCCACGGAUGGCUGCACCGGAUGAGAUUGCGUUUGCCGUGGCAUUUUUAUGUGAGGAGAGGGCAAGGUGGAUCAACGGGGCACAUAUCGUUGCAUCUGGGGGAUUAUUCAUCGAUUAG